UUGUCUCUCUAGGGGAAUGACAAGCGAUCUUACGUAUUUCGAUGCUACAUAUUAUUAGGUCUACUCGUCCUCGCGCACAACACACUUCUGGCACACCGGUUCUGAACUGCAGUGCAGAGGUUGUUCGAAAAUAAACAGACCAUUAUGACGAUGACACAGUGUAAAGUACGAUGUGAUCCUCCCGAUGUGCUCAUCAGACCUUCCGAGCGAGGAUAUCUCAUCUAUUUACGAUUCACUUACGAUACAAGAGUGUUAUGUUUGCGUCUUUUUCUUUUUUCAUCGCUUCUCCAUUCUCCCGACUCGCUAUGUUGGGGUUAAAAUGCUUCAGUGAUUCGGUCGUGUUUCGCGUCAAGAUUCAGCGACUUCGCGGCUAAUGAGUCUUUGCACCCAACUAUCGGUGUUUGCGUUGUUAAACUUACAUUCCCAGUUCGUGAUGGGUUGCGGCUACGGGUUUUGGAAAGACUUGAUUCGUUAAGUACUCGAGUUGUGAGUACUUGCCAAGUCCAAAUAUUUGUGAUUACUAAAUACUCUCCAUACAGAUACAGGGUGAUUCUCGAUGGCUGAUGUUUCCGAGGAUGUGCUGAUCAAAGAUGCUGCUACAGCGAUAUCUCAGGGUAAACGUCACCUCCUAGUGCGCGACUAUAAUUUAGCAGUGGUUGUAUUGGCACAGGCUUGCGAGCUUCUUGUUCGGGAGCACGGUGAAACAGGUGAUGAGAUGGGUGAGCUCUACCUGCUUUAUGGACGUGCUCUUUUGGGGUUAGCUCGCGAGGAAGCAGGAGUAUUGGGUGGUGGUGUACCUGGCUCCGAAGAGGCUAGCCAAGAUGAGGAUGUUCAAGAGGAGGAAGAGGAGGAGGAAGAUGUUGAGGAGGAGACAGCUGAAGAAAAUAAUACAUCUGUGUUGAAUGACAAGGGGAAUGAUCGUAAGCAGGAACAGCUCAAUGGCAAGAAUCCAGAGAAUUCCACUGCCGAGGACGAGAAGACAGAGAAAUCCAGUAAAACUGACAACUGUCAGAUUGAAGAGCAAGAAAGAAGUAAGAAGCAGAAGGAGGAAAUUCCCAGUUGCAGUCGAGAUUACGAUUUAGACGGUGGUAAAUCCAAUGAUGGCACCAACAAGACUGAGGAUGUAUCGGAGAAUGUCGAGAAGGAUAAUGAUGAGGACGAUAUAAAUAAUCUGCAGAUUGCCUGGGAAGUGCUGGAAUUGGCAAAGUUAGUGCUAUUGAAGCGUGGUUCGUCAGGUUGGAAAUAUCUGGCUGAAGCGUACCGCCUUUUGGGUGAAGUAGCUAUGGAGGGAGGCAAUCACGAAACUGCAUUGAUAGAUCUACAGGGUUGCCUGGAUUUGCUGCAGAAAAUCACUCCGCGCGACCAUCGUGCGAUCGCCGAGAUUCAUUAUCAGCUCGGGCUCGCGCACGCAAUGGCCAACGAUUUCGAUGCUAGCAUUGAACAGUUCAAGCAAGCGUCAGCCUUGCUUGAAGCGCGAAUCGUACAUCUUCAGAGCAUGCAGGACGAUCCACCUUCCGAGUCUUGUAAUGAUCCUUUCUACACUGUUCAGGGUGAGAUCAAAGAGCUAAAAGACCUUUUGCCCGAGAUUCAGGACAAGAUCGCCGAUAUCAAGGAUCUUAAAAGAGAGGCUGAUGUCAUCAAAGAGAUCAAGGAGGAUGCGUUGAAUGAUGCCGCGGAAUCGAGCGACGCUACCGGAAAUGGCGCUACAUUUAAACCCGCUAGUGAUAUCUCGCAUCUGGUGAGGAAGAAACGUAAAGCGGAGGAUGAAGCAGAUUCUGCCGGUAUUAUUUGUAAGAAGUCGACGGCGCAGCGCGAAGACGCGUGAAAGGCGCGAGUGUGCGAUUUUACGAUCAGAACGCCUAGAUCUGAACUCUUGAGAGACACGAUAAUAUAGAUAUUUUUCGCGAACAUGUAGAGAUCCCAUAAUUGUUAAUGUGCGCCGAAACGGUGUUCUUAAAAAAGAGAAAAGAAAGAAAAGAAAAAACGAAAAAGAAGGGAAGGAGGAAGGCGACAGUGGAUUCAUUCCCAAGAUAAUAAGUUAAUCAAAAGGCUUGUUUCUUCAUUUUUACUUCCUGUUCAUUCUGUUCUUUCCUUUACCAUGUAAAAAAAAGUUGAUAAACUUUUCGAUCAACAUGAUAGGUAGUACCAAUAGUAGAAUAAUUGUCAGGUUGUCGGGAGUUUAUGUAGAAAAAUUCAACGUUUAUAUACUUGGUCUUUAUCAUACAUUCAGUAGAACUGUUUUGCGACUGCGGAAACUGCUAUAUUUGUACAAUCUUGAAAUACGAAGUGCUGUUACUUUUGUCGAUUGUGUAAGAAGUGCAUGCCGCUAUGAUGUAGGAAUAAUAUUUCUUGAAAAGAAAAAGUGACAAUUUCGGUUAUUGGAUCAUGUUCCAGAUAUAAACAAUUGUCAAGAUGCGAAAAAUUCCUGCACUUUAAGAUAAUUUUAAAAAAACAAGUGUCAAGUUAAUUUUUUCUCUUUUUUUUAUCAUCCGUGUACCAGUGUAUCGUAAAUUGAAUAAAUUUGUUCGACUUAA